AUGCCACUUGUAAAUAACAAAGUGGGCGAUGACAGCACAGUUGGCAAAGACAAGGCUUUGGCUGAUGGACAGGCUCUGGUGGAUUCUUUGAUAAAGGUGGUGGCAUGUUACCGGCAUUUGGCCUCGUGUGUUGGCAGCUGCACCGACAGCCUGCAGCUGCGGGAUGAGCUGCGACAAACACGAGAAAAGGCCCAAAAGUUGGCCGUCUCCACCUGUCAGCACCUGACCUCACACCUCCGGGACAAGAGCCUGCCCGAGGACCAGCGGAAGGAGAUGGAGCUCCUCUGGGUGGCCUUCUCCUCCAGUCUAGAGCUCCUCCAUGUUGACAUGUGCAAGGUUUUCAAGAUGGGGGACAUUUUCUCCCUGGCAGAGACCGGCACCCUGGUCCAAACUGGAAUACAAGGAGGAGGCAGUGAGGUGGCAGCUCGCGCCCUCAGUUUGCCGGACCUGAACCAGGCUGAGCCUCCGGCCGUCCCCGCUGGCAUGGAGAGCCAGGAACAGAGCACCCUGGGGCAGGAGAUCAGCCAAAUUGACCACAUGAUCGAUGACAUGGAGAUGAAAGUCAACGUGUUGCGCUGGAUGGUGGAGCCCCAUGGGCCACAGUACGCAGACCCGCUGAGCAGCACCGACAGCGCCUCCCUGGGUCUGCUCACCGUGGACGAGGAGCAGCCCGGACACCAGCCUCUAUGCCAGCGCAGUCACAUCUUUGUGCUCUUAAUGCUGUUUGCUAUUGUUUGUGUGGCAGCCACUUUAUCUGUCUGUAUAGUCCUUUUCUCAUGA